GGGACUCGGAUCGAUAUCGCCAGUCGACAGCAUUGAAGUUGACAUCCUCAGCCUUAGGCAUUACCAUUGACCUGAAUGUCUUCGAUGCACCGCUUCUGAUGGAUGGUUGAUUGUGAGAUACAGAAACAUGGCCAAGAAUAAGAAAAGACGAGGUCUGACAUCCAAAGUGGAACAGCGCAGCAAGGCAACCGAUGUCAAGCACAAUCCCUUUGAAGUUAAAAUCAACAAACAGAAGCACAACAUCCUAGGAAGAAAGAACAAACAUGGGAAAGGAAUGCCUGCGGUGUCCAGGUCUAAAGGACUGCAAAAGAGAAAUGCCACCCUGCUGCAGGAGUACAAACAACGGCAUAAAACAAACAAGUUCCUUGACAGAAGACUAGGAGAGAAUGAUCCAGGGAUGUCGGUCGAGGAGAAGAUGAUGGAAAGGUUUACGCUGGAAAAACAGAGAACACAUGAGAAGUCUAGCUUGUACAGCCUGAACACUGACGAAGAUCUGACACAUUACGGCCAGUCUUUAUCAAGUUUGGAGAAGUUUGAGGAGCCGGAUCUUGAGAGUGACGAGGAAGACACAGGUUUGAUAGAUAAAAAGUUUGUAGCCGAAGAACAUUUUGGUGGAUUUCUGACAAAGAAGAAGACUGACGAGGAAGGAAAGCCUAAGACCCGACAUGAAAUAUUUGAAGAAAUCAUUGCCAAAUCUAAGAAAGACAAGUUCAACCGACAGAGUGAGAAGGAAGACGUCGUGAAGCUUACUGAGCAACUAGAUCAAGAGUUCAAUUUUGUGGCACAGUUCAUAGCCAACGUCGAGUGCAAGAAGGAAAGAGAGAACAAACCGGAUGACUAUGACAUGUCUGUUAAAGAACUCAUCUUUGAUAUGAGAGCCAAGGCUUCAGACAGGAUGAAAACCCCAGAGGAGCUCGCCAAGGAAGAGAAGGAGAAGUUGGAGAAGAUGGAAGCAGAUCGACAGCGAAGAAUGAAAGGGAUCACAGAGACUGAGGAAGAGGAGAACAAAAGAAGGAUGCAAUACAUGUCGGCUGAUGAUCUUAAUGACGGAUUUGAGUUAACCCGAGAUAAUCGAAGCACUCUGAGUUAUAGUGAUGGCGUUCCUUCAUUUGGAUUUGAUCAAGAUGAAUCUGAUGCAGAGGAGCAAGAGGAGGAGGAUGACGAAGAAGGAGACAAAGAAGAUGAUGAUGAUGGAGAUGAAGAUGAAGAAGAUGAGGAGAGCGGUAAUGAUGAGGGGGAUGAUGACGAUGCUUCUGAUUUGGAAUCUGAGCCUUCUGAAUCGGAUGAUGAGGAUGACGAAGACAAUGAUGAUAAGGAGCAUGAUAGGACUUUGAAGAUGAAAAGCUCCUUGAAGAAAGACAAUAAGCAGAGUGUUUCAAAGAAAGUCUCCAUACAAGAACCAGAGGAAAAUAAAAAGAAGAGAGAAGAAAUUAUAAGGUUAGCCAAGGAAGAGCUUCCGUACACAUUCCAAGCUCCAACUUGCCUUGAAGAGCUAGAGGAUGUCUUGUCUGGCCACACCCCUAGCAACCAGCUGACCAUCUUAGAGAGGAUGAUCAAAUGCCACCAUCCGAGUCUCUCCGAGGGUAACAAGGCUAAACUAGAGACCCUCACCUCGUUGAUAUAUCAACUCAUGGGGAAGUAUGUGAAACAAGGCAAGGAUCUAGAGGCUGACUUUAUCAAUGGUCUAACCAGGCAUCUGUAUGACCUGACACAGACCUGUGCGCUAUCCUCGGGUAACAGCCUACAAGCGCUCAUCAGUGAGAAGUAUGAAAUAUUCAACAAGGAAACCGAAGACAAAGGAAGGUCAAUGUUUCCUUCGUUAGAUGUGCUUCUCUAUUUCAAGCUGGUGUCGGUCCUCUUCCCAACGUCUGACUUUCGUCACAGUGUCGUCACACCCACAAUGCUCUUCAUGGGUGCCAUUUUGAGUCAGUGCCAGGUGAGGUCAUGUCAAGAUGUGACCUUUGGCCUCUUCCUUUGCAACCUCUUCCUCAAGUAUGUGUCACUGUCAAAACGUCUUGUUCCUGAAGUCAUCAACUUCUUACGCGGGAUUCUAUUCAUGGCAUCGGACCACGAGAGUAAGACGGGAGGUCUUGUGGUGGCGCCCUUCAAACACUCUGGGAGAUUUGCCAAACUCCUUCGACAGGAGGGAACAAGUAAAUCUGAACUGAAACCAGUGAAGAUCCUGGACCUGAUGAUAGACACCGAGGACCUGGACCAAGCAGAGUUCUCUACCUGGGUCAUUGGUCUAACCUGUCAUCUCCUCCACCAGUUCUCUAAACUCUAUGUAGAUCUGCCCAGCUAUCCGGAGAUCUUCUCCCCCAUCUACACCCUCCUACAAGAUAAAGAGCUGCUUCUGAAUAAAUACAACCAUGAAAUUCAGUCACUGGGAGAUGAAGUCCUUUCUCACAUAGAGGGCAGCAGACAGCGGACGAGGAAAGUUCUUGAAGUCGAGAAGAAGAAGCCAGCUCCUCUCAAAAUGUUCGAACCAAAGAUUGAAGAAAAUUAUGAUCCGACGCGGAAGUAUCGUAGCACAGGAAACAAGGAGCGUGACGAACAACAGAGAUUAAUCCAUCGUCACCGUAGAGAGAUGAAGGGUGCUGUCAGAGAGAUCCGUAAAGAUACUCAGUUUAUCGCCCGGCAGAAACUCAAAGAACAAAAAGAGAGGGAUGACGAGAGGAAGGAGAAGGUAAAGCGUCUCCAUCAGAUGUUGGCCACGCAGGAAGGAGACUUCAGGGAUAUCAAACGCAAGAAACACAAACUGUGAAGCCUUAUCUCUCACCCCAUGGCUUCCACUAUAUCCGAUGCCUACAGGCAGGCUGAAGUCACUGCAGACUUCAAAGUGCAUCGAGAGUCUCCAAACAAGACUAUGGAUAGCUUCUGAUAUAUCUGUCGCUUCGAGGCAGAUUACUGUAGACUGCAAAGUGCAUCAGGGUCUUUCAACAAGACUACAGAUAGCUUCCACUAUACACCUUGCCUACAGGCAGAGAUCACUGUAGACUACAGAGUGUACCAGGGUCUCUGAACAAGACUACGGAUAGCUUACAUUAUAUUUGCUGUAGACUGCAAAGUGCACCAUGGCUGUGAACAAGACUAUGGAUAUGGAGAGUUUCCGCAAAAUCUGUUAAGAGGCAGAGAUUAUCACAGACUGCAUCAGGGUCUCUGAACAAGACUAUGGAUAGUUUCUGCUGUAUCCGAUGCCUACAGGCAGGCAGGAAAAAAAAUCAAUGCAGACUGCAAAGUGUAUCAGUGGUCUUCGAACAAGACUGUGGAUAAUUUCUACUAAUUUGUUGCAUGCAGGCAAAGGUUACUGUAGGCUGCAAAGUGCAUCAGGGUCGCUGAACAAGACUAUAGAUAGUAUUCGCUAUAUCUGUCACUAAUAUCUCGGUCACAUUUGCUCUCCGGCGACCGUA